AUGGAACCUACCUCAUCUCCACUGGAGAAAUCAAGGAAACAACUAGUAGCAGAAAAAUUCAAUGCAGCAGUUGGGGACAUCAAAAAUGAGUUGAUCAGAAGAGGAUACGAAAAAGAAGAAGAUUUAAAAUCACAAGUAGCCGUCCUCAUGAGCGUGGCUGAGGUGCUUAAUGGAGUCGAUCUGAAAUCGAAGUAUCCAGUGAGACCCCGUCGGAAAUGUGAAGGCAGAAAGACGCUAAAAGAAAUGGAUAAAGAAAGAUUCCAGAUUAGAAAAAAUAAGAAAAACGAUGCAUUUGAUAGUCUGAGGGAGUUUAUCACUCGGGAAAGACUUGUAUAUGGGUCUCCAAAGAGAUUGGAACAGCUCGAAGUGGUGGAAGUUAUACUGAAAUACAUCAAACCCGAUUCAGUUGAUGAUACUGUCGACGGUGCUCAGAUCUCGCCGUCAACGUCACCAGGGCUUCCAACACUCGUCCCAACGCCAACACUCACUAUUCAGGAUCCAGUUCAACCUUCAGUCUUGUCACCUACUCCAGGACUCCUUCCAACCGGAGCUGGCUUCAAUUUCCCACCGGCUCCCUUGCUCAACUUCCCAAGGACUGUAAAUCAAUUCCAAAUGAUGAUGCAGAAGAAUCACAAGAAUCUUCAACUGCAGUUGCAGUAUCAACAGGCUUUCCGGACCAUAAGAAAUCUUCACAACGCGAAUCAGGUGACUCCAAAUGAGGCGUAG